CAAAAGCUUAACGGAAAAUAUAGACAUUUUUCCAAUUUAUAAAUCCUGGGAACUAUGUGAUGAAACGUGUGACAUUCUUUUAAAUUUUGGAAUUACAUCAACAACCAUAUUAAAAAAAAUGGAAAUUGAAGACGUUGAAAAUUUAUUCAAGAAACUGGACAAACAAUAUACUGGGGAGUUGAUUAAAUUUAAAGCAGGCCUAAGGGAAUGGAGAAGAAAUAUUAACCUACCGUUCAUAUGUGAAAAAGAAACUUUAUCGGCAAAUAGUCGGAUAUUGGAUUGGUUGGAAAAAAUUUCAGAGAAACUCAGUAACUCAGGAUAUUCUGACUGCCCACUCAGUACACAAACGUCAGGAGACAAUUCUAUAUGUGGUACUAGCCUUACAAACCUCCUUAGAAAUACCGUGAAAGGACAGCUAGUACUAACUUUUAAUGAAAAAAAUAAUUAUCUUGACUCAAAAAAUCAGAAGACUUUAGUGCACUGUAUUAUUGAGAAAUAUAUUGGCACAAGAUCCAAAUUAACAUACGCAGAAAUGCAGCAAUGGUCUUAUGCUAUCUGUGAUGUAUUUCCUAAAGAAAAACCGGAAACAUACUUUUUGAAACGGAAAGACGGGAAGAAAAAUCCAACAGGAAAAUUAUUUUCUCGAUGGACUAAUGUUGAAAAAGGAAAAUUCGAUGACUAUAGUGGCAGUACUGUGGAGGAAACUUUUAAAGAUUUUGAUAGCGAUAAAUAUUUCGAGCAAAAGUGCUGGCUGCAGCACAAUUGCAGUCCAAGGGAUCAGGUACUUUCAUUCUGGAGGGAAACAAGGAAAAUUAGAAUGGAUGAGAUAAAAAAUGCCAGUUCUUUGACGAAUAUUUUUAAAGAAUGGCCACGAUACAAUGAUUUCUUGGGUUAUGAUCUUGUCGAUAUAGAUUUUGAUUUUUUGUGCCCAGACAAAGUAAAUAAGUUAUUCCUAAAGUUGGAAACUUUUUAUAAAAAGUUGGUUAAAGUCUUUGACAAUGAAAUUAAAGACCGUGCAUCAAGAGAAUUAUACCUACAAUAUCUACGGAAUGAAAAUAUUAAUAAAGAUUGUAAGUAUUGUAUAUGUACAAUACUGCUUCACGCUUUGUUACAGCCACAACGUCUUAAUAAAGAACAUAAGCCUUCGAUAGCCGAUGCUCAAACAGACUUCGUCACUUUAGUACCAACUCUUAAUGAUAUUGAACCAAGAAUCCUGCAAAUUGUUGAAAUGUAUGCAGAAAGAAAAGAAAGACUUCAGCCAAGAGUAAUGGUUGUUGGACCAGAUUUUUCCAAAAUCUCUGAUUUUUUCGUAUUUUGUGAUGGCCUAAAGUGGAAGUGUCCUUCUUACAUGAAAUGUAUAGACAUUAUUAUAAAGUUAUCCUACGUUUUUAAUACUGAAUAUUCCCCGAAAAGCAAGCAAGUAUGGUCAUUUUUAGAGCAGUAUUUUUUUGAUUUGAAGUCUGAGGAUUUUUCUUCUGUUGCAAAUUUAUUAAGCAUAUUACAGUAAUAUUACAUUCGUUUUUUCAAAAAUGACUUUA